UGAUGCGGGGUGGCUGGCUCGGCAGACGGACAAAGCGCACUUGGGGGCGGAGGCGCUUUGUUUUUCUCCUUCCCUAACUACGGAAAGAGGGAUUUCCCGGGUUUGUUAGCGCGGCGGCACUGCUGCCUCAGUUUUGUUCAGGGGCCAAGGUUCACCUGGACCUCGAGAAAAGGAAACAAAGUCGUGUUGGGUAGAAAGAGUGCGGUGAGUUCCGGAGAAACAACGCGCAGCAAAGCGAAGGCAGACAGCGAGAGCGUCCCAGAGUGACGAGGCGUUGCCAAGAAGUGGGCGCCCGAGCCUAUUCCUGAGGAAUUCACCGCGGGGAUUCGACGGGGCCCGCGUGCAAGUCGCGUAGUAGAGGCAAGCCAGGACGGCGAUCGGCGAUGGUAGCCGAGAAUGAUCCCGACGAGAAGCUGGUGGUGUCUAAUUUGCGGCUGCGUCUUCUGGUCAAGUAAGGAGGUACAUGCAAUUAUCCAAGAGCCUCAAAACAUACGAUUAAAUUCAGUUAUGCUUAACAGUGUUCUCCUAUGGGAUCCAUCAAAUUUUUCUGAAGGAAAUGUAACUUAUACAAUUCAAUAUAAAAGUUUGAGGUCAAUAUUCAUUGACUUGUGCCAAAGGACAUACUUCACAGAGUGCAAUAUUUCAAAUAUACCUAAAUACAGUUUUUCCAAUUUAAGAAUUCGAGCUGAAUUUGAGAAUAAACAGUCGCAUUGGAUAUAUCUUAACUUCACACCAUUCAAGGACACAAUCAUUACACCUCCUAUUGUACAAAUUAUACUCAGAAACCCUGGAGUCUUGGAUAUUCAUCUCCAAAGCCCUCCUGUUAUACUUAAUGGUAUCAGAUAUUCCUUGAAGGAUUUUUACGGCUCAGUAGUUUACAAGAUAAAAAUUUGGAUGAACACUAGUGAACAGGUUAUCAACGUGACUACACCACACACUUUUCAUGUAAUAUCUGGGCUAGAUACUGGAACAACAUAUUGUGUUAAAGCUCAAGUAUUUACUGAAGAAUUGAAUAAACCUGGAGAGUGGAGUGAAGCCACUUGUACCCAAACAAUUAAUAGUAAUAAUAUAGUAGGGAUAGGUCCAGUAAUAGUGAUGGUUAUUAUCCUAGCAGCAUUCAUUGUUUUCUGUGGUUUUAUGAUUGGUCAUAAUUAUCACCGGAUCAAACAUUCCUUUUUCCCUUCAUAUUAUUUACCACAACAUUUCAUUCAGUUUUUAAGCCAUCCUUACCAUAGUUCACAAUUUCUUGAAUCCCAGUCACAGGAAGAGGUUCAUAAUUAUGAUACACUUACUGUUCUUUCGGAGGAGUCAAAACAGUGUAAUAGUGAAUCGGAAAAUAAAACGAGCAACAUAAAAAAGGAGCUGCAGGGAUCUCAAGAAGACACCAUUAGACCUAAAGAAAUUUCAAGUUGUACAACUUUGCUUCAUGUUUGAAACUUGGGAAUAAUAUAGUGUACUAGUUUAAGGAACUUCUUGGAACUUACAAAAUGACUUUGCACAUUAUUAAGUCAUUAAUAGUGGAAUUUUUUUACUUGAUAAAAAUUGUAUAUGAUUUUGUAUUUUGGAAAUUUAUUUAUAUUAAAGUCUUAAUUUCAGAAUAAAAUGUAAUAAGCAAACAAAUUCAAGUUAUGAAAAUAGUAUAACAUUUAAAAUAUUCUGAAUAUACUUUAUUCAGUAAUAUUUACUCUAUUAUUUUGAAGAGCAUUUAAC